UCGUCGAGCGGGAAGCGCUGGGCUCCCGCUCUGGGGCAGGAUGGCGGCGAUGGGGCGGAAGAAUGGCAGCAGCAUGUCAGAAGGCAAACUGGGUCUCGUAGCCCAGUUGCAGCCGGAGAGGAAAGUGGAACCAGAAAUUGAAGAAAUUGUGAAAAAAAUCAAGAUCUUAAUUGAAGAGAAACAAGUGAGCGACGCGGAGCUGAAGAAGUUACAAGCACGCCAGUCUGCAAUGGAGAAGGACCUAGAUGAGUUGAAUCACGAGAUCUUCUGCCUGGAGGCAACCUGCAACAAGAAAGAAGCGACCUUGAAGAGGCUGCAGUUUCAGUAUGAACAAGGCCAGGCUCAGACUGAGAGGCAGCUGAAAGGAAGCAAUGAGAGCAAGCAAAGGAUACAAGCACUGGUGUCCCAGAUCGAGGACGAGAAGCUGCAAAGGAGGAAGGAAAGGAAGGCUUUUGAGCAGCAGCUUGAGGAACUCAUAAAGAAACACAAGUGGACAGCAGAGUUCUAUACGCCACCCAGACUUCAACUUGAGAUGCGUAACAUUGAGAACUCCAAGCAGCAGCUCCUGAGUGAAGAGCACGUGACGAAGGAAAAACUAAACACUCUGGAUAAGGAGCUGAACUCCCUCCAACAGCAAGGAGCUGCCGGUGACGAGGUGAUCUUCCUGCACAGCAAGGAGGCCAAGCUCACCCAUCAGUUGUUUGAGGAGGAGAACAGAGCAGCGAAGGCAGCCCUCCGAGAGAUGACACAGCAAUGCUCCAAGCUUCAACAGGAGCCAGAGCUGGGCAGGCUCGAGGAGGAGGAGUGGGAGCCCAGGAGGAAGAUUCCCGCGGCUAGGAAGGACACCGCAGUCAGAGGCGAGGAGGGAGAUAAUCCCCAGCAGCCGACAAAGUGACUGGUAGGUCCCGGCACACAGCGGCGGAGGACGGGGGCCCCAGUCUGAGACCUGCCCAUGCAGACAAGAGACUGAUCGUUAUCUUUGAGAGCUUACCGAGGUUUACAGUGAACAUCCAAUAAAGUGUUGUUGCUCACCAACUUACGGUGUGGACGUCACUCAGUCCCAGAGCCACUUGGCCAACAAGGCCCAAUCCCCGGGAGCACGGGUCUGAUCCUCCAAGCCACGGCAUCGAAAAGGACAAACCAGUAGGGUGCACUCAGGUUAGGGAGGCAGACACAAUGGACAAGGCUUCCCUUCCUGAGUCCAUCCAGUGGGAGCUUCCCGAAGGACUCUGGAUCUUGCAUGGGUUCAACAGAACAACUCCUGGACUCUUGAGGGUUCAACUAACCAGGACAGAUUCCACAAAUGAGUCUGGCACUCCCUGGAAUUUCAGAUCAAAGCUUCCAAGAUACUCAGGGCAAAGGCAGUGAAUCCGUCUUGCUGAGGGUGGUGAAUCUGGGGAAUUCUCUAACCCUGGGGGCUGGAUCGUUAGGGGUGUUUAAGACAGAGGUAGAUAAAUUCCUGGAGAGACGAGAGACACAUGCUGGAAUCUGGAGCAACAGACAAUCUGCUGGAGGACUCAGUGGGUUGAGCACCAUCUGUGGGGAGGGGCAAGGAACUGUUUACGUUUCCAUCCGAAAU